GAGCUAUACUACUGAAUAGUUGAAGACAAGCGUCCCCUUUGUGCCUUUGAAUUUCGAUUAUUGACACGUGUACGCUGGGUCUCUUUUUGUCAAACAUUAUACUUAUUUCUAUAAGAUUGACGAAAUAAAUACGAAAAUGAGGAUACUUUGUGUACUGUGCACUUUGCUCGUCAUCACUGUCACAUCGUUAGCACGCCCGCAGGAUGGAGAAAGUACCACCAAGACUACUACUGCUCUACCUUUGACAACUGCAAUUAAAAAAAAUGAUUCUCUGAGCGGUACACCAGCAUCAAUAGGAAAAUCUAAUGAGAAACCUAACAAUGCUGUUACUUAUACUACUCCAAGUGUUACUACUGUUGAAAAACAAAAGGAACAUGAAGAAAUUAUGACUACUCCCACAAAAACUGCAACUCUUGUAACAUCAGAUUCAAAGAUUGAUUCGACUUCUGCAAUUACAUUAAGCGAUAAAAUCUCUACUACUACUGCUGCUGCAUCUACCGACAUCACAACUACUACUACCACUAUUACUACUACUGCAACUGGUAUUACCACUACUUCCAAUAUAGUUCCAACCGAAACGAGAUUCUAUUCUAAUAUAACUACAGCUGUACCAGUUACAACUGCAUGCCCUCCAAUAUCAGGCCGCCAUUUUGAUGGUCUUAGUUUUCUAGGUGGCAUAAUUUUAACUGUCUGCUUAAUUGGAAUUGGAAUUUUUCUUUGCAAAUACUGUAAACACGUCUGUGAAGAUAAAUAUCGUACUCUAUGACUUAUUACAUAGUCCUAUUGUAAAAUAUUUCAUUUUUUGCUAUACCACCUAUACAUAGAUCUCAGAAUUAUGUUAUAUUUUUAUUUUCGUUAUGUCGCUUAUAUUUCUUUUUAUAACGUGAAAUGAUACACGAUUUAUGCACUUUUAGAAAUUGGAGAUUAUAUAUAUAUAUAUAUAUAUAUAUAUAUAUAUAUAUAUAUAUGUAUAUAUAUAUGUGUGUAUGUAUGUAUCGCGCUUAUAUUUCUUCGCAAUAAAUGUGAUGCGAUCGAUGUGAUCAGUAAAGUUAUAUUGCUAAUCACAUAAACAUGAACAAAACGUAUUUCGACGAAAGGAUGAACUCUGCUAUGGACUAGCAUAAGAGUAUUCCUUGCAUGAACGAGUACAAUUAAUUAAGAUAGCUUUAUUUUACUUUUAUAUUACCUGUACUAAAGAAUAGUUAUAGAAUCUCGACCGAGCAACGAGACUCUUCUUGUUUGUAUAAUAUAUAUUUCUUUUAUGUAUGUAUCUUUAUUGAAAGAAACAAAUGUAUAUAAUAAAUAAAUCUCGAUAUUGUUCCUUUAGGAACAAUCCAGUCACAUAAUGAA